CUGCUGCUUUCCGACACUUGCGUUUUCAAACGGUAUUUCAAGACUAAUUGACAGAAAACCUUGAUGAAAACGAGGCUGGCAUCGAAAGGAAAGCUUUUACAACUUUCAUCGGAAAUGACGCGUUACAGCUGCGCGUAAAAGCUUGCGUAAUUGAUCUCGAACUUACGCGGCAACUUUUCUGUAGUUUCUUUUCGUGUUUCUUUUUGCGCAGAUCUAUUGUAAGGGUUCACCAUGAACUCCACGGGCAUUUUUUGCGACCCCGAACUUACCAACUCGUCUAACUACUCGUGCGUAAACCGAACCAUCCCGUCCUACAGCGUGAUUGAUGUCGCGUCUUUCAUGCACAUCUUCCCCACCGUCUACGGCAUCCUGUGCUCAGUGGGGACGUUGGCCAACGGUUUGGUUAUCUAUGCUGUGGUCUCAUGCAAGAAGAAGAUGGUUUCUGACAUUUACGUGUUGAACCUGGCCAUCGCAGAUCUGCUCUUCUUGUUGGUGAUGCCCUUUAACAUCCAUCAGCUGGUCCGGGACAUGCAGUGGGUCUUUGGGCACUUCAUGUGCAAAGCUGUUGUUGUGGUGGACGUCAGUAGCCAGUUUACCACAGUUGGGAUAGUAACUGUGCUUUGCAUUGACAGGUACGUCGCCAUUGUACAUCCGACAUCUGAGAAGAGGACCAUUCACUGGACCAUCUUCAUCAUCAUUAUUGUGUGGGUGGGCAGUUUCCUUUUAAGCAUCCCUGUCAUGAUAUACGCCAAAGUGAUCUCCAAUCAGCACAUGGACAUGUGUAUGAUUAACCUGGAUGGGCCUAGUGAUAUGUACUGGUACACACUUUACCAGUCCACGUUGGGUUUCAUCAUUCCUCUCAUAAUCAUCAGCACUUUCUACACGCUCACGUUGUACCACGUGUUUCGCUCCAUCAAACGCGUCAAACGCAAGCAGACGGUAUGGGCCAAACGCGCCACCAAGACCGUUCUAAUGGUAAUCGCUUUGUUCCUUAUCUGCUGGUCUCCCUACCACGUUAUCCAGGUCAUCAACCUCAGCAUCAAGCAGCCCACCACCAUAUUCGUUUACGUGUACAACAUCAGCAUCUGUUUGAGUUACUCGCACAGCUGCAUCAACCCUCUCAUGCUGCUCAUCUUUGCUCAGAACUAUCGCGAUCGCCUCUGCCGUCGCAAAGAGCUUCGUUCGCAGAUCACCACGUCCAAGACCACCAUGAAAACCGACGGUGUAUCGAGUGUCAGUCCGGACACCACUCAUCGGAGCACUGCCAUGUAACACCCACUCGACCCACUGAAAGAUGUAAACUAUGAAAUGUGGAAGCCUGCGUUGCAAUGCACGCUCCACGAGUGUCAAUCACAUGUUAGACUGAUUCUCUAAGGGGAAAAACUGUGAAACAAGACAGCGCUGUUCUUUCACGAUGGAUUGGAGUGAACAAACAGCGUGCGUGGAGCUGACAGAUCACUGGACUGGGAUUGUGGUUUGGGUCAUGCUUAGGAAAACUGCCUGUAAUGUCUUAUUGUAUUCAUGGGUACUGUUGAUAUGUUGUUAUAAAAAGGUGAUCUGGUACUUUGUGUAUGUGGUGUAUUUAGUAUGUAUAUUGUCGAACGUUAAAAGACCAAAUGAGUGAAGGAUUAGACUUGUCAUAUGAAAUGUCUUGUGAUGUGAAAAGUCUGACCUAAUCUUGCAUUUUGUCAUUAGUGUAAAUUCAAUCAGGAGUUUAUCCAUUUGAAAUUCAUUCCACUUUGAAUUGGCAGGAACUUUCUUUAAUGUGUAGAUAUUGGCGUAUCUUUAAAGCAGAGGUUCUGAACUAGGGGGCCGGGGCCCAUUAGGAGGCUUUAUUAAACUUUUAUAAUGACUUUAAAUUAUUUAAAAUAAUUUAAGUAAAAAGCUGUAAGCUUCUAAAAUCAAGAUGUACAACUAUGGCGUGUACAGCUUUGCUCUCAUUUUGUAUUCUAAUGCAAAUUGUAUUCUACACAUUUUUUAUACAUUUACAUCUUAAGCUACUGUUUAAUUCUAUUUGCAACACAAAAAAGGUCCCUCAUGUACCGUAAGGGAGUCUUCUUCUAUGCAUCUUGGUAAAAAAAAAGAUGUUUCUCUUUUCAACAGCCUUUAUACAGUACGUCAUACUUGAGAAAAGAAAGUUUUUAAAUAUUUACCUUGACCUCACAAAUCUUUACUACCGUGCAUACAUAGCUACUUGGCUUCGAUCUUUCUCUGUAAAACUGUUCUGACUUUUUUAUUAUAUAGAUGUGCAAAGACGUCCAGUGUGAAAUUCCCCAAGUUGCUGUUUUGCUUCUCUAUCCGAGAAGCCCCUGCGGAGCAUGAGAGAACAGACGAGGUCUCUGUUAACGUGUGACACUUCAACCAUGUGUGACUAGUCACAUUUCAGUCUUGCCACCCUCAAUCAACACAUUAUGAAGCCUAACAAACAAACAACCAACUGGGUAUAAAGGUCUAUUUCUUCCCCAUUUUCAUUGAAAAUAUUUAUUUUUAUCCUUUCUUGUAAGGGAAAGCAGACAUAAAAGAAUGAGCUGCUGAUUGUGUGAAAUUGUCUUCAGAAAUGUUUCCAUAAAAUGAUGUGCAUGACAUUGGACGUUCAAUUGUGAUUCAUGGAGAAGUAAAAUAUGUGUACAGAAUGGUUUAUUAUUAGUUUUUUAACGUGUACAACUGAUUCUGUGUGGAAUGUCCUGAGCACUUUGCCAGUUGUGUAGCUAUGUACAUCCAAAUAAAGUCCA